AUUUUGAAAGCCGAUUGUCGUCAUCGCGGACACGUUCCUUUACGCGGUGUGUCGUAGCCGUUUGACGGUAUGUGGAAAGUAGCAAUGUCGGAGGAGGUUGGGAAGGCGCUACGGUCGGUAGUGGAGCGGGUGAACCAGGCGGCGGCACGGCGGCCCAAGACGCUGCCAGCUGUGCCGCCCCGCCUCGUUGCUGUCAGCAAGACAAAACCCCCAGAAAUGGUUGUGGAGGCCUACAGACAGGGGCAGCGCAACUUUGGAGAAAAUUAUGUUAAUGAACUGGUGGAGAAAGCUUCAGAUCCUCUGAUCUUAGGCUCAUGUCCAGAAAUCAAGUGGCACUUUAUCGGCCACCUACAGAAGAAUAGCGUCAACAAACUUUUGGGCGUGAAGAACCUGUUCCUCGUGGAGACGGUUGACUCGGUGAAACUGGCUGACAAGGUCAAUAGCUCGUGGCAGCGCAUCAGAGGAGCCAGCACCCACAGGUUAAAGGUCAUGGUGCAGAUCAACACCAGCGGAGAACAGAGUAAGCAUGGGCUGCCCCCUGAGGAGACUGUGAACACAGUGAAACACAUUGUGUCCCAGUGCUCCGCCCUGGACUUCUCAGGACUCAUGACCAUCGGGCGCUACGGCUACGACCUCACCCUGGGCCCCAACCCCGACUUUCAGAUGCUGCUGAGUCGGAGGCAGGAGGUGUGUGACAGUCUGAAGUUGCCUCUGGAGGAGGUAGAGCUCAGCAUGGGUAUGUCCACAGACUUUGAACACGCGAUCGAGGUGGGCGCCACCAACGUGCGAGUGGGUAGCAUUAUAUUCGGCAACAGGGAGUAUCCCAACAGUGCAGCCAACACUCCACAACCCAGCCCAGCUCCCAGCCCAGCUCCUAGCCCAGAGAAAUCCGCCAAGAUGGUGUCAGAGGAGGCCGCCAAGAAGAUGCAGCACCUCACCGUGUCUGGACAUUAGAAGAAGAGCUUCUUCCUCCUCUGAAAUACCUUUAAGAAAAAAGAAAAACACUCUUCACGUGCAAAGUGAAGCAGAUCAUUUCCACAAAGCCAUGUGGAGCUAGGAUUGCAAAAGUUCUUGCAUAAUUUUAAAGUGUAUUUGCUUAAUCCUC